CAACCCAGUGUAUAAGUGUAGAAGCUUACACAAAAGGUAAAUCAGAUUAUGAGCCUUCAUGUCACAAAAGGAUUCCUAGAUUUGUAGAUCACUUGAGAAAUUAUCUUUUUGAAACCUCUCAUUUUCCUACAUCAUUAGAGUGUGGACCAGAGGGUGGGUGACUAGCCCAAGGAAACAUGCCAGUAAUGACAAGGUCAGGACUGGGACACGAGUGUCUUCAAUUUCUGGUGGAAUAUGAUUCUCUUGCCAAAAAUAGCACAUCUUUGUCUUUUUAACCUGUUCCACACCUUUCUCAACUCUGUUCAAGUUUCCUGUGGCCCAUGGAACCGGGUGCCUAUGGGAAACUUGCCUUCCAGAAGAAAGACCCAUCUGUCACCGUGAAUUUCAUUGACAGAAGCUAGAAAAUGCAUGCCAAGGAAGCCUCUUUUCUCAGUAUCUAGCCUCUGACUCUCUGUGACUGUCCUCCUAGCCUUUUAAUCUUUGGAAAUUUCAUUUAUUUUUUGUAUCAAACUGAGGAGUUUUUGGCGCUAGGCUCAAUGUAGAAUUCCACCUUUGCUUUCUUCUGCAGAAGUCAGAAUGUGCAUUCAACUUGUGAUAGUCAUAGGAGACCUAUGUCAGAUGGAACCUGUUUUCUUCUGUGUCAUAUGGCGAGACCACUGGUCAUUCAUUACCUGUUUAGUCUGUGGGACAUAGGACCAGGCUGUAAGGUCAAGUGUAAUUAGAGGAAGUAGCUUCAUGUAAAAGGAUUAUUAUUUUUUUCGGUGUGUAACAUUGGGGGAAGUCCUAGGUGUUUAAAACAAGAUGAAACGUAGAACCUGAAGUAAGAGAAGCCCUUUAUAGCAGAGUUGAUCCUACUCUGAUAAGGUGGUACUUGCUAUCUUUGCUUUUCCUAAAAAUCUGCUUAUGAUUAGUGACAGUCCUGACUCAAGAUUUAGAACAUUUUUUACAUGUGUGAUUUCCAUGGUGUUUUGGCUAGGUAAGUGAGAGCCCGAGGUUUGGCUGAGCUGUGUCCUUAUUAGAAAGGCACAGCAUGUAAAUAAAGGAUGGACUGACAGGUGAUACUUUCAGCGUAAUGGAGGGGGUCUGCCUGCCAGAAUGACCAGACUUUUCAGGAAGAGCACAGAAGAGCAGGUGGCUCGUAAUUAAAAAUAGAAGUCAAUCUAGAGCCUUGCUCCUCAGAGUCUGGUCCAAGGACUUUGGAGCUUAUUAGAAAUAGAGAAUCACAGGGCUCACCUAGACCUGCCAAGUCAAUAUUUGUGUGCCCGGUAAAUAUGGUGUAUUGCUGUGGUGUAACUGGUCUGGAUUUUGGCAUCCACUGUCCACAAAAUCGAUUGUAUCAUUCAUUUUCCUCAAUCCCCAGUUUCCCCUCCAGUCUUGGGAUGAUGAACACAAUCCCGAGGCAUGGCUUUCCAGGCCCUGUCUCUGGCACCCUUCCUGUUGCCAGCUGCUUUCUAGUAUCGUUCCGUACGCAGGACUCUUCGUGUGGUAUGGUCAUCUCUUCCUUCCUGUCCCCUGUUAGACUAGGAGUUUUUAGAUGCUAGAGGAUGUCUUGCCUUUUCCUGUUCCUGGAAUAUUGUUCUCAACAAAUGAUCUUGAAAAGGGUACCAUGCCAGUGGAAAGGAUGCGAAUGCGCCCAUGGCUGGAGGAACAGAUCAAUUCGAAUACGAUACCUGGGCUGAAGUGGCUUAAUAAGGAAAAGAAGAUUUUCCAGAUCCCUUGGAUGCACGCGGCUAGACAUGGGUGGGAUGUCGAAAAAGAUGCGCCCCUCUUUAGAAACUGGGCAAUCCACACAGGAAAGCAUCAGCCCGGAGUAGAUAAACCUGAUCCCAAAACAUGGAAGGCAAAUUUUCGAUGUGCCAUGAACUCCUUGCCUGACAUUGAAGAAGUCAAGGAUAAAAGUAUAAAGAAGGGAAACAAUGCAUUCAGAGUAUACCGGAUGUUGCCCUUAUCUGAGCGACCUUCGAAGAAAGGAAAGAAACCAAAGACAGAGAAAGAAGACAGAGUUAAGCACAUCAAGCAAGAACCAGUUGAGUCAUCUUUGGGGCUUAGUAAUGGAGUAAGUGAUCUUUCUCCUGAGUAUGCCGUCCUGACUUCAGCUAUAAAAAAUGAAGUGGAUAGUACGGUGAACAUCAUAGUUGUAGGACAGUCACACCUGGACAGCAACAUCGAGGAUCAAGAGAUUGUCGCUAAUCCUCCGGACAUCUGCCAGGUUGUAGAGGUGACCACCGAGAGUGACGAACAGCCAGUCAGCAUGAGUGAGCUCUACCCUCUGCAGAUUUCCCCCGUGUCUUCCUAUGCAGAAAGCGAAACUACCGAUAGUGUGCCCAGUGAUGAAGAGAGCGUGGAGGGACGACCACACUGGCGGAAGAGGAACAUUGAAGGCAAACAGUACCUCAGCAACAUGGGGACACGAAGCACCUACCUGCUGCCCAGCAUGGCGACCUUCGUGACUUCCAACAAACCUGACCUCCAGGUCACCAUCAAAGAGGAGAGCUGUCCGGUGCCUUACAACAGCUCAUGGCCCACUCUACCAGACCUCCCCCUCCCUCCCUCUGUGACCCCAGCACCCAGCAGCAGUCGGCCGGACCGGGAGACUCGGGCCAGUGUCAUCAAGAAGACAUCGGAUAUCACCCAGGCCCGUGUCAAGAGCUGUUAGGCCUUCGACUUCCCCCAGUGGUUGUUGGGAUUUCUUGGCUUUGUUUUGUUGUUUGUUUGUAUUUUAUUUUUUUCCUCUCUGACGCCUAUUUUAGACAAAUCUAAGGGAAAAAGCCUUGACAAUAGAACAUUGAUUGCUGUGUCCAACUCCAGUACUGGGGCUUCUCUUAACUCAGGACUCCAGCCCAUUGGUAGACGCGUAUCUCUAGAGCCUGCUGGAUCUCCCAGGGCUGCUCCCUCAAGUUCAAGGACGUCAUAGGACCAACACUCACACGGGCGGCGAGGUGCUGCAUUGCCUGCGGUCAAGGCCAGCAUGGUGGAGUGGAUGCCUCAGAACGGAUGAGAAAAUGUGAACUAGCUGGAAUUUUUUAUUCUUGUGAAUAUGUACAUAGGGCAGUACUAGCGACGCGGCCGUCUGCUUCUGCACCUUAUCUUAAAGCACUUACAGAUAGACCUUCUUCUUGUGACCUUGCUCUAUUUCUCAGCACAUUCAGCGCCCCCUCCCCCCUCCCCACCAUGGCCCUUUGUCCCGCUUCCCGGCCCAUCCAGUUCCUUUCCUCCCCUUCCUCCCCGCAAAGGCUGUGUUCCACAUCCCUGAGGAGGAGGAGGAGAAGAAAAGGAGCUUCUCCACGGAGAUCCCAUUUUUAAGACUGCUUUAAAAGAAAAAAAAAAAAGAAAGAAAGAAAGAAAAAGAAAAUCUAAUCUGCUGUGCUUGAAUGCCAUGCGGUACAAAGGAAAACUAUCAUGGAGAUAUUAUGCAAAUUCCCAGAUUUGAAGACAAAAAUAUUCUAAUUCUAACCAGAGCAAGCUUUUUUAUUUUUUAUACAGGGGAAUAUUUUAUUCAAGGUAAAAUUCUAAAGAAAAUAUAAUUGUUUUUUAUCUUUUCUACAGCAAAUUUAUAAUUUUAAGAUUUCCUUUUCUUGUUUAUCAGCAGUUGUUAUUACAUCCUUGUGGCACAUUUUUUUUUUAAUUUUGUAAAGGUGAAAAAGCUUUUAUGAGCUCAUGUAGCAAUCAAAUUAUCCUGUGGAUUGAUAAUAAAUGAAUAUGAUAUAUAGUUAAA